AUGGCGAGCAAGUACAGAUCACAGAGUUUCCAACAUCUAACAAGAACAAAAUCAACAUGCAUUGGAUUACUGCGGGUUUUAUUUAUUGCAAUUAUUCAUAUGGCACAAGCGAACAAACAAGCUUUCAUCCAGUCAGACACCAUCCUUGAAGUCUUACACUUUGGGGAAGGAAGUCUCUUGCAGACAGAGUCUGAUAUUGACCUUAGCUCAUAUCAUCAAAAAAGUGCAUCCCCACAGAGAGGGAACAGUAGACCCAUACGCUUUGAGCCUCCAAUGCUGGAUUUUCAUGAACAGCCAGUUGGGAUGCCAAAAAUGGAAAAAGUUUACUUACACAAUCCCAGUACAGAAGAAAUUAGUUUAAUUUCAAUAUCAGCAACUACAGCACAUUUUCAUGCAUCAUUUUUUCAGAAUAGGAUAAUUCCACCAGGAGGGAACACCUCUUUUGAUGUGGUGUUUCUAGCGCGAGUAGUAGGCAAUGUAGAAAAUACUUUAUUUAUUAAUACAUCACACCACGGAGUGUUUACAUACCAGGUAUUUGGUGUGGGCAUCCCAAACCCCUACAGACUACGGCCCUUCAUUGGGGCAAGAGUUCCAGUCAACAGUAGUUUUUCUCCACUCAUAAAUAUUCACAAUCCUCACAGUGAACCACUGCAGGUUGUGGAGAUGUACUCCAGUGGAGGAGACCUGCACUUAGAACUGCCCACUGGACAACAGGGAGGAACCAAAAAAUUAUGGGAGAUCCCUCCAUUCGAGACAAAGGGGGUGAUGAGGGCCAGCUUCUCCUCGCGAGACGCAGACAACCACACAGCCUUCAUCAGGAUCAAAACCAAUGCCUCCAACGAGGACGAGUUCAUCAUCCUCCCAGUGGAGGUGGAGGUCACAUCAGCACCUGGUAUAUAUUCCUCCACGGAGAUGCUGGACUUUGGUACGCUUCGAUCUCAAGAUCAGCCAAAACAGCUGAACUUACAUCUUCUAAAUUCAGGAACAAAAGAUGUUUCAAUCAUGAGUGUAAGACCAACACCGUCAAAUGAAGCCAUAACAGUGGGCUUCAAACAGAUCACGUUAAAGGCAGGAGAGAGUCGCUAUACCAAAGUGGCUAGUAUUCGUUUUGAUGCUUCGAAAGCACGAAGACCAUAUCAGUUUUCUGGAAAAAUAACAGUAAAAGCGAAAGAGAAAAGUUAUUCAAAACUUGAAAUCCCUUACCAAGCCGAAGUUUUAGAGGGGUAUCUGGGCUUCGACCACACAGCCACUCUGUUCCAUAUCAGAGACAGUCCAGUGGAUCCAGUGGACAGGCCCAUUUUCCUCACCAACACGUUUAGCUUUUCAAUCCAUGUUCACAACGUCUCCCUGGCAGACGACGCCAAAACCAUGUUUACGGUGCAUAAUUUCAGCGCGCCCAUCCUGAUCCCUCCACACGAAUCUCGUUACAUGUUUUCCCUGCUCUUCCGCCCAGUGCGGCCCUCCAUCCACAUCGACAGUAACAUCCUCCUCGUAACCAACGCCUCCAAAUUCCACCUUCCUGUCCGAGCAUACACCGGCUUCCUCGAGCCGAUGGUUUUACCGCCCAGUCCGAAGGAGCACACGCUGGACUUUGGGGUUCUCAGUGCCACAGACUCCAGCAGUCUGGUGUUUGUACUGGUUAACAGCAACCCCAUAGAGCUGGAGAUAAAGUCGUGGUUGGUGACAGGAGACAGUCUGAGUAUGGAACAUCUGAGAACAGAACAGGGGAACAAGACAUCAGCACUGGAACGCAUGGCAGAUUUACACAACGCCUCAUCUGUCCAUUAUAAAAGUGUCAUCUUAGCUUCAGGCUACUACGCAGCUUUCAGGGUCACGCUGGUGGCUAAGUCUUUGGAGGGUGUUUACGACGGCGCAGUCCACAUCACCACAGACUAUGAGAUCCUCACCAUCCCAGCGAAAGCUCUGGUAGCAGUGGGAGCUUUAAGCAGCUUACCCAAACACAUUAUCCUACCCCCGUCUUUUCCGGGAAAAGUGGUUCACCAGGGCUUGAACAUUCACAGUUCGUUCUCUCAGAGAGUGCGGCUGCAGCAGAUCCGUUCACUCACCGAAGACGUGCGGUUCUACUACAGACGCCUCCGCAAUUACAAAGACGAAUUGGAGCCCAGACGCAAGACCAAGAUAGCAAAUAUUUAUUUUGAUGCCAGUUUGCAGUGUGGCGACCAUUGUUAUGUGGGGCUGCCGUUUGUGCUGAAAUCCGAGGCACGACCCCAUGGCCUGGCCAUGCAGGAAGACAUUUGGGACGCAGACGUCGACCUGCACCAAAAACUCCUCAAAAGAUGGCGCGAGCUCAAAGAGCGCUCGGGUCUCCACCUCGAAGCGUACUUUGAAGUCAACACCGACCUCCAGAAGAACGUUCAGGCCAAGGUCUCCGCUCAGCUCUCGUGGCCGUCGCUAGUCAACUCCUCACAGCAGAUCUUGUUCCCUCUCACCAACACCAACAGCACCUCUGAGGAGGAGGUGGUAUUGGAAAAUCCUGCUGAUGUGCCUGUGUAUGUUCAGGUCUUGCCACUAGCUUUGUACCCAAACCCCUCAGUGUUCAGUGGGAAACUAGCCGACAGAUUUCCAUUGGGAAAGCUUUCCAACAUCAACAUUGACACAAAAACACUGGAAUUCCAGGUCCACAGGAAUCUAUCUACACUCUCAAAAAGCAGCACAGGUUUUGUGGAAGGAUCGACUCGGCCGUACGUGUACAAUCUGCUUCUCAUGCCGGGGGAGGUGAAAUCGUUCAGCGUUAGAUUCACUCCCAUCAGCAACCACAGCGUCUCCUCUCUUCUGGUAGUAAGGAAUAACCUGACAGUGGUGGACCUGAUCAUGGUUCAUGGACAGGGGACCAGAGAAAGUCUGAAGGUUGCUGGCAAGGCUCCAGGUCCUGGAAGCUCUCUGAGGUUUAAGAUGACUGAAGCUCUUCUCAAAGACUGUUCAGAGAUUAAAACGAAGGAGCCCAACUUCACGCUGAGGCGAACCUUCAGGCUGGAGAAUACGGGUUUACUGCCCAUCCAUAUCCGUUCUGUGGAGAUCAGUGGAAGCGUUUGCGAGGGAUAUGGCUUCAAAGUCCUUAACUGUCAGGAAUUUGCACUCAAACCAAACGAUUCAAAGGACCUCAUCAUUCUGUUUACGCCAGAUUUCACGUCAUCGCGUGUGAUCCGGGAGCUGAAGCUGGUGACUGCAGGGGGUUCUGAGUUUGUGUUUGUUCUGAAUGCUUCGUUGCCCUAUCACAUGCUGGCGGUGUGCGCUGAGACCCUCCCCCGACCCAACUGGGAGCUGGAGCUCUACAUCAUCGUCUCUCUCAUAAUGAGCUUAAUGUUCCUCCUGGUAAUCGCCACGGCUUACCUGGAAGCCCAGGGCAUCUGGGAGCCCUUCAAGAAACGCCUGUCAAUGGAAUCCAACUCCACCAUGGAGACAGGCAAACCCUUUGAUCUCAGGGAAAUCGUACGAAUUCAAAGCGAUGCUAACUUGAACGAUUACGCUGACGUGCAUCAGAGCUCGACGAGAGGAAUGUACGGGUCGGGCGGUGCCAGCCGGGCCGGGGGCCGCCAGGGAGGCCCGCAUUCGAACUCCAACGGCACCAGCAGGAACUCCGCAGACUCGACAGACGGCAGGUCCAGAACGGGCUCGGGCCGGCCAGCAUCUAUGCAAGGCUCCUCCUCGUCUCAGCUGACGAAAGACGGGCAGGGACAGGGGCCCAACCAGCUGAUCAAUCGCAAGAGCAGGAACUCCAGGCAGCCAGUGUUAAUCCAGUCCGAAGAGCCCAACGGGCCGGUCGCCACGGGACCGGUACCGACCCCGAGAAGCAGCAGCACAGAGGACCAGGACUACAACAGACUCCUGGUCGCCAUGGAUAAAGACCUGGACCGACCCGAAUCACCUCCCAUGUCAAUGUUAACAGAACAGAACUCCCAGCAGUCUUUACAAAACAAAGUGUUGGAAUCAAAAGGGAAACUGAAGAGUAAAACAAAGGCACAGAAAAAGAAAGAGGAGAAGGAGAGGAAAGCAAAGGGAAAGACUCAAGGGGAGGAGCUAAAGGAAACACUGGCCGAUAAUGACGACAGCUCCUCUACUACAACAGAAACCUCCAACCCUGAUACGGAGGCCAAUAUUAAAGAGGAACCAGUGAAAAAGAAGGGUAGAACAACGAAUACAGAGAAAGAGAGAGAGGAAGUCCCUCCCUCACCCACCAAACCUAAAAACAAGAAACAGUCCACCACAAAGAAAGAGAAUCAAGUAGAAAAGUCCAGCUCUCUGGAACUGCCCUAUGUCACACCCCUUGAAAACAAACAACGCAAAACCUUCACUCACAAAUCCCUCAUUCACUCAGGAGUACCAAGCGCCCCCAAAACUAAACCUCUGACCAAGCCUAGAUUGCCUUGUGGGAAACUGGAGGAUGGUCGCCCCUCCCCAUUGACCAAGUUUGUUUCCAACGGCUCCCUGUCAGAGCUGGGCCAUAGCAGCGGCUCUGAGGGAGAAAAAGAGUCCCCCCCACCAGAAUGGGACUUUCCAUUCAACAAAACCAGCAACCAAGCAGACAGUCUCCAGCAGAUCUCCCUACAGACUCUGAAUGCAGACCCCUUCCUGAAGAGACCCAUUUCAGCCAUGUCUCGGACCUGCUCCCCACCCCCCACCUCCUCAAGCAUCAUCCCCCGCGGCUCCUACAGCAGUGUGCUAAACACCAACAGUGAGCCAACCAUAAAGAAGGCUCCAGGGAAUAAGCUGACCAAGUCCACCUCCCUCCCAGGCAAAAAUGGUAACCCCACUUUUGCAGCUGUGGCUGCAGGCUACGACAAAAGUCCAGGUGGCAGUGGGUCAGGUAAACCGGACAACCUGGGGAAGACGACCCUACCUCACAUGACUUCGGUGGAGAGCGACAGUUCAGACAGUUCUGGCUUAUGGAGCCCCAUUGACAACGGCAGCAGUCCAGGCUUCAGCUCCCAUAAUUCUUUCUCUGCGUUUGGACCCAACAACCCACUGAAUCUGUCUAGAGUGUUCAGAGGCAUGACUAAGAGUUCAGAAGAGGGGCAGACCUGGUCUGAAUACACUUCCGUGCCCUCCUCUAUCUGGGAUAAUGAGCCCAACGUGAGCUCCUGGCCCACCAGCACUGGAUCCCCCACAGCUCCCACUGCAUCUAUCCUGGGCACCAACCGUAAUCCCUGGUCACCUACCCUGCCCUUCAGCAACUCCAUCUGGUCUACAGACAGCCUACACUCCUUCAACCCACCCACCUCUUCCGCCCUCCCCGAGCUGGUCAGCCACACUGUCCCGCCCACUCCUGCUCCUACUGAAAUGGGCCACACCUCCUACAACCCCUGGAACCCAUGGACCCCCACCCUGAACCGCUGGAACUCAGACCCUUGGCCCAACAACCCAGACAACAACAACGGCAACUGAUAAGCUGCUCGACCCACGAGAAACGCCCGAAACGCCAUGAUUUUUACGGUUUCUGUUCGUUCUUCUGUUGAUUUGCUCAGCAUAUUAAAGAGAAUUUUCUUCGGCGAAAAAUCCCACUGGGGGGGAAAAAAAAAAGAUGGCAAAAAUGUGAUCUCGGUUAGUCCAAGGCCACAUUUUCCUGAAAGUAAAAAAAAAAAAUCUUCGUUCAAACUAAUGGUUCAAUUGACAAAAUUAUUUUAAUUAUUUGAAGGGUUUUGAUACCCUAAGCCUUAUUUAAAACAGUUUUAACAUCUACAACAAAAAAUGAAAUCCCCAAGUGAAGCUACAAAAAAUGCUGAUGUUAAGGAAUGAUUUUGCCCUUGUAGGGAUGUUUUUUUUUUUUUUCCUUUAUCAUUUUAGAAAUUUCCCAUUUUGAGUCAUUGAGUAUACCUGCAUUUUGAUUUGUGAAUAUGCUACAAGGCCCAGUAUUACUGUAGGGUUAAAGAUGCAGUGUUACUCAAUUAAAAAGAGCACUUUGUGACAGUCCCCAUACAUGGAGAGAAAUAUUUUUUGGUUUAAGAGUUGCGAUCAUUUUAGAAGCACAUUUUUGGCUAGAUCGCUUGUUGAUGCCCAGUGUCUUUUGAGGUUAAUGUCCUUUGAUAAUUGCAAAAAUUGAGACUGUCAUCACCAGGACCAUGAAAGUCUAUACCCUGUUUUUUUCAGUUAAAGCCAAAUUACAACUGAAUUAUGGAUUUAGAGGGUAAUUUUAUGUUUUAAAAUAAAGUUUGCCACAGUAAAAAGGAAAAGCUUUAUUUGCUGAAAUUGGCUUUUAAUUUUUAAGUCAGGGGGAGAUGUGACGACAUUACUUGAAAGAGGUUUGAAGUUUGUUCUGUGCACCGUUUCAUUUCUGUCACCUAGAGAGAGACAGACAUCGGUCACCAGGUUGAAAUAAAACAU